AUGCGGCUUUCUAUCAGCUCGGCCAUUCUGUGGGCUUGUUUGUCAACAUUUGCUCUCGCCCAGCAUUCCAACAUAACGUAUCCGUCGGCAUCCGAGAUUCUCAAGGAUCUUCCUCCUUGUGCAGCCAAAUGUCUAACAACGGUUGUCCCUGGUUCUGCUUGCUCCGUCACAGACGUUGAGUGUAUUUGCACGAACCAACCAAUUCAGGAUGCAGCCGAAAAGUGCAUUCUGCAAGGAUGCCCUUCGCUAGUCGAUGCUCUCUCCGCCAAGAAUAUCACAGCAACGGCUUGCCAUGCUCCCGUUCGUGACCGGUCAGGCCAAUAUGUAGCCGUAUCGAUUUCCCUAGGGACCAUUACAGUUCUCUUCGUUCUUGUACGGUUAAUUUUCAAGCAAUUUUUCAGCGCCAACACCGGACUAGCGGCAGACGACAAAGUGAUUCUUGGCACCCUAGCACUUCGAAUCUCCUGCACGAUUAUCAACGUCGAGGGCCUGGCGGCCCAUGGCCUAGGCAAGGAUACGUGGACGCUACCAUCACACGAGUUAACGACAUUCACCGAGUGGCUGUAUAUCAUGGAGGUGCUAUACUUGGCAGAACUAUCCCUCAUUAAACUCAGUCUGUCUCUGUUCUACGUUCGCAUCUUCCCUGGUACGAUUAUAAAACGACUUCUCUGGGGCACAGUCAUCUUCAACAUUCUUUACGGAGCGACCUUUGUCAUAACGGCAAUUUUCCAGUGCACCCCGAUCAACUAUUUUUGGACGCAGUACGUGGAAGAUCAUGCAGUUGGAAAAUGUAUCAACAUCAAUGCUUUUGGCUGGGCAAAUGCCGCCAUCAGCGUCGCUCUGGAUAUCUGGAUGAUUAGUAUCCCGUUGAGUCAGAUUCCGAAGCUGAAGCUGCACUGGACAAAGAAGUUUGGUGUUGCCAUCAUGUUUUUCCUCGGAGCAUUCGUUACUAUUGUGUCAAUCCUUCGACUGAACUCGCUCGUUUCCUGGGCAAACUCGACCAACCCAACCUGGGAUCAGUGGAACAUCGUCUACUGGUCUACAAUCGAAGUCAACGUCGGAAUGAUUUGCACGUGUCUUCCGUCCAUUCGUCUCCUCAUGCUACGAGCAUUCCCGAAUUUGACUCGUUCGCAGCCAACGCACGGCAGCAACUCCUUCAGUCACCACACAGGCGGUCAAUCUGGAUUGGAUAGAAGAACAACAGGGAGGGAUCACCGUCUUUCUGAACUCGAUCAAACCAGGGGGCACACUUGGACACGAAUAGCAUGA